GCUGAUCACUUACAAUCUGACAACCCUUCCAGUUUUCCUCAGAGCAAUUCCUCUCUCCACAGAAGACCAGAGUAACCCCUUUAAAAACAUCAAGCUCAGAUAAACUGGAUUAUACCCAGCUCGCAGGAUUAGAUUGUAGUUCUUUUACCAUUCUCCACCUUACUGUGGGCAGGGAAAGGUGAAAUCACACUCUUUAAUAAAUUGGAAGGGGAAUAUCCAGUUGCAAUCCAAGAAUUUAUUUGAUUUUUUUCCAAAGGAAUUGUGUGUGAGCAUGACUGCUGGAUGAGGAAAAUAUCCAAGGCAAGAGUGAGUAUUACCUAAAGGAAAAUGUGGCUGGAAUCUGGACACAGUUUUGCAUCUUGAUCUGAUUGCUGAACUGAAAUAUUUCAUCAGCUUUAAUGAUGGAGAGAAAUUGGAUCAUACAUUUGCUGCUCCUCUUAUCAGUUACUAUGUUUUUUGCCGUUGCUAUACCAAAGGAGAAGUCUUGGAAUGUGACAGAAGACAUCAUUCAAUUGAGUGUGACUAGGAAUAAAAUAAUGACAGCACAGUAUGAAUGCUAUCAGAAAAUUAUGCAAGAGCCUAUUCACAGUAAAGAAGGUUCUUACUGCAACAGAACAUGGGACGGUUGGUUGUGUUGGAAUGAUAUUGCAGCAGGAUCUGUAUCAGUACAACGUUGUCCUGACUACUUUCAGGACUUUAACCCAUCAGAAAAAGCGACAAAGAUUUGUGACCAAAAUGGAAACUGGUUUAGACACCCUGAAAGCAACAGAACGUGGACAAAUUACACUCAGUGUAAUCUCCUUACGCAUGAAAAAGUAAAGACCGCAGUGAAUUUGUUCUAUCUGGCCAUCAUUGGGCACAGUCUUUCGAUUAUAUCACUCUUGAUUUCCCUUGGCAUAUUCUUUUAUUUUAAGAGCUUGAGUUGCCAAAGGAUCACCCUACACAAAAAUCUGUUUUUCUCUUUUACUUGUAACUCCAUCACUACAAUAAUUUGGCUGACAGCGGUUGCCAACAACCAGCCGUUAGUUGCAACUAAUCCAGUGAGUUGCAAAAUAUCUCAAUUCAUUUACCUUUAUUUAAUGGGUUGCAAUUACUUCUGGAUGCUCUGUGAAGGCAUUUACUUGCAUACUCUCAUUGUGGUAGCCGUCUUUGCAGAGAAACAACACUUGAUGUGGUAUUAUCUUCUCGGCUGGGGAUUCCCUUUGGUCCCUGCCUGCAUACACGCAGUAGCUAGAAGUUUGUAUUUCAAUGACAACUGCUGGAUCAGUUCUGAAACUCAUCUUCUGUACAUUAUCCAUGGUCCUAUUUGUGCUGCUUUAUUGGUGAAUCUCUUUUUCCUAUUGAAUAUUGUUCGAGUUCUCAUAACGAAGCUCAAAGUCACACACCAGGCAGAAUCCAAUCUAUAUAUGAAAGCUGUGAGAGCUACACUCAUUCUAGUGCCGCUUCUUGGCAUUGAAUUUGUGCUGAUUCCAUGGCGACCAGAAGGCCUAAUUGCUGAAGAAAUAUAUGACUAUGUGAUGCAUAUCCUUAUGCAUUACCAGGGUCUGUUGGUGGCUACAAUUUUCUGCUUUUUCAAUGGAGAGGUCCAAGCUGUUUUGAGAAGGCACUGGAAUCAGUACAAAAUCCAGUUUGAGCACAGCUUUACCCACUCAGAUACUAUACGCACAGCUUCCUACACGGUAUCCUCCAUCAGUGAUGUUCAGGGCUAUAGCUACAAUCAUGAUUUCACCAGUGAACAUUUAAAUGGGAAAAGCUACCAUGACAUGGAGCAUGUUGUUUUAAAAACUGAGAAGUUGUACGGUUGAUGUCAGAAGACUGUUGCCAGCAUUCGAGUCCUCAUAGUUCAUGAACUUGAAGUUUGAUUUAAUGACUUCUUGGCCAGAAGAUUUUUACCUGACUUGGGACGUGUUUUUUCCUGAAUGAUGCAAACUUAAGACAGUGUAUUUCUCAUGUGUAUAUAAAUAUGCAUAUGUGCAUGUGGCUACAGUAUGCACACCUACACAUAUAUAUGUUCAUACAUAGAUAUAAGUACAUAUAUAAAGCUACAGACUGUGCCUCUUCAGUUUCUACUGUGUAGACCAAGUUGGCAAUUAUUUUGUAUGAAGGGAAUCAAUGAAGGAUUUCUUAAUUUCUUGUAAGUUUGUGUAAAGACUGUAUUGUAUUGAAGGCCAUUUCAUUUGCCUGCAAGAACUGAUCUUGUAAAUACUGUAUUAAUCAUAAUGCAUUUUAUAAAUUCAGCCAGUACACACAACCUCAGUAAAUGGGUAAGCUCGAACUCUGUCAAGAAAGACAGUUGAAUAUAAUGGAGAUUGACCUGUUGAUAAUUAUCUGGCUCUUUUAAACCAGCGAUAUUAUAAAGGCGCCCAGAUGCCAAUUCCCCAAAUCUGAGGUAUGAAACUCCAGCUGUGCAAUGUAUAAUUUUACAUGAGGUUUUUGGUUAUUUAACUAUUCAAAGAGUCCAACGUUGCUACUGAUGAAGGGCAGUUUCCUAUUGACUUUAAUGGGAGCAGGACCAGUGAGGGCCUGAUCUGAAAAAGCUGAUAAGCCCAUGCUUAUAUUUGACUUUUAUGACAUUUAAACUAGUGGUUAAGCUCUUUAUUAAAAGUUGGGCAGGAUUUCUGGAGCAAGAUUGCAUACAUGUAAGGAAAAUUAUUUUCCUUGCCACAUGCCAAUACUUAGCUUCUUAGGUAUCAAUCGGGCAGGACAAACCCUGUUGAUACUGUGGGAGGUUUGUCUCAGAAAGACAAGCAAGCUUGCAUGACAUUCAAGUAAAUUUUAUCUUAGAGACAGCUUCUUGGGCCUAGCAUAAUAAGAAAGGGUGGUUUGGGAUAUUUUCCAAUGGUUUUUCCAAUUCUGUCUUCUGAACAUCUUCUGGAGCCUUUCUACGAUUCCUUGUCUUGGGAAAUUCGGGAUUAUUUUGCAGUGCUUGAGUGAACAAGGCUUGAAUCAGUUUUCCUUUCUCACAUCAAGUGAUUAGGCUUUUCUAUGGAUUGUGAAUAAGGGUUCAAGAACAGGGGUCAUAGUAAACAAUUGAUAAAAGGGUUGGUAAGGUCUUAAGAGAACUAUGUCUUUAAAUACAGCAUUUUAUGUGUUUUUAUAAAUACGCUAUGAUUUAUACAAAUAGUGUAUUUUCAAUACAACUGAAGAAAACUAAAAGGGGGAUGAUUGAUAAGCAGUUCUCAGAAAGUCUUAUUCAGAUGUAUUUUUUAAAGGAUGAGUAAAGUGAAAUUUACAGAAAUGGAUAGAAAGGUACUGCUGCUGAUGGUAGAUUAUUGCCACGCAAAAAUAUUUCUGCUUUAUUAAAGCAAACACCAGGGGAUUAAAAAUACUUUCCCAGAACACCUCAGUUUUAAAGGCUUAUUACUGAAUGUGAAAAAAAAUCAGUUUAGUCUUUCAGGUUGAUGUCAUUACCCUUCUAAUAACUUCAGUGGACAGCUAAUUAGCCAGCCAUCAAAGGGCUUGUCAGUUUGAGAUUUCAUAAGAAUGUGAAUAGUUUUUGUCUGAAUCACAGUUGUUUGCAACUUUGGUUUUUAAAACUUCCAGUGGCUGGUGAUUGAAUUUAAAAGGAAAUCAUUAGUUGGUGGAUUAAUAUUACUCAUAAUAAGAUAGAAUCUCAUUUGCCCAGAUCAAGAAGUCUCUGCUGAUAAUGACAGUUUGACAAAAGAAUGUCUGAGCAUCAGCCAGAUGUUGUGCUUACCCCAGUGCCAGAAA